UUAAGUAUCAGACAAAAUAAAUCCAACAAAAAAAUAAGAAAUAUUGAUAUGCUUUAAUAAAAUAGGGCUGUUUUUGAUAUUGAUUUAACAUUAAAGCAAAAAAAUGUUAAAAAAAGUUGAUAAUGCUAAACCCAAAAUUGAUAAUAAGGCACCUAUACUGAAUAUUGGAGCUUACUACCAGAUAGGAAAAAUUGAACAAAAUGCUAUGCAACUAGCAAAAAUAGAAGAUGAGAAUUUCAAAUUAAUUAGGAAUAUAAAUAUUUUAAAUCGUACAAAGGGUAAAACUGAUUGUUAUAAACCAGUUUCAAUGGAUAAUAAGACAAAUAAUUUUGAAUCUAUAAUUUUAAGAAAUCGUAAAAUCUACAGGGAUAACAUAGAACUUUUAUCUAAAAUAGUUAAUGCAAAGUCUCAGAUUAGUACUGAUGAACUAUUAAAGCAUCAAAGAGAACACUCUAAAAGGUUAAAGUUUUUAUCAAAAUAUUCAAAAAAUUAUGGAAAAAGUAAAAUGAGAGAAAUUGACCCUUUAAUAUCUAAGAUAACAAUACCAAAAGAUAUUCAGAUAAAAAAUUCAAGGAUUUUUAUGGAUAUCCAAGAUUUGUCAAUUAACAAAAUGAUUGGUCGGAUAAAUAUUAUACUGUAUGAUAGUAUUGUACCAAUUACAGUUCAAAAAUUUAAAAAAUUAUACUUUGAACAUGCAAAAUAUAGUUACAAUGUUACCCAGAUAUUUCGUAUAGUACCAGAUUUGUUUUGCUUAGGAGGCAAUAUUCAAUUUUUAAAUGGAUUUGAAGGAUUAUCAUUUCAUGACAAUAACUUUACUGAUGAAAAUUAUGUUUUGAGUCAUUGCCUACCUGGAGUCUUAUCAAUGUAUAAUAUUGAAGAAAAUUUAAAUAACUCUCAGUUUCUUAUAACCUUCAAGCCUUUAAAGACAUUAGAUGGACAUAAUGUUGUUUUUGGAAGAAUUACUAAUGGAUUACGUAUCUUAAGAAUGAUUGAAAAUUUGGGAUUACCUUCUGGUAAAACAAAACAUAAAGUUAUUAUUAAGAGAUGUGGAAUUUUGAAAGAUAAUAUGGAAAAUUAAAAAUCAUUA